UCCUUGCGGGAGUAAUGCGGCCACACGCCUGCAUUUCAUUUCCCUUCUGGUCUCCGCUCACUCCCUGAGCGCACAAAGGCUCAAGCUUUUCUCUGUAGAUCUUCGUAACAGAGAUCUCUUCACGUUUCAAUCGCCAAUACAGUCCCACUUGUUCUAAUGGGGUUAGGGUUACUAGCUUCCAGGGUCCUCAGACCCCAAACCAAUCCCAGAAACCUCCUCCUCCUCCGCUCCAUCGUCACCAAGCCCGAGCUUCAAUCCCCUGAAGCAUCGGCCGCCGCCGCUGCACCUGACCCUACUUCAGAUCUCCCUCCUCGAACUCCCGUCGCUGGUGCGCGUGUUCACUUUCCCAACCCGGAUGAUGCGAUCGAGGUCUUUGUCGAUGGCUACCCCGUCAAAAUCCCCAAGGGGAUGACUGUUCUGCAAGCCUGUGAGGUCGCGGGUGUUGACAUUCCUCGCUUCUGCUAUCAUAGCCGACUCUCUAUCGCUGGCAAUUGUCGUAUGUGCCUCGUGGAAGUCGAGAAGUCCCCCAAGCCUGUGGCGUCUUGCGCGAUGCCUGCUCUUCCUGGGAUGAAGAUUAAGACAGACACACCUGUGGCAAAGAAGGCACGAGAAGGGGUGAUGGAGUUUCUUCUCAUGAAUCACCCUUUGGAUUGUCCAAUUUGUGAUCAAGGUGGAGAGUGUGAUCUGCAAGAUCAGUCUAUGGCAUUUGGAUCUGAUCGUGGCCGGUUCACUGAAAUGAAGCGAUCUGUGGUUGAUAAGAAUCUUGGUCCUUUGGUGAAGACAGUGAUGACUCGGUGUAUUCAGUGCACAAGGUGUGUCAGGUUUGCAACAGAAAUUGCUGGGGUUCAGGACCUUGGCAUGUUAGGUCGUGGCAGUGGAGAGGAAAUUGGGACUUAUGUUGAAAAGCUCAUGACAAGUGAACUUUCUGGAAAUGUGAUAGAUAUCUGUCCUGUUGGAGCCCUUACCUCAAAACCUUUCGCAUUUAAAGCCCGAAAUUGGGAGUUGAAAGGAACAGAGAGCAUUGAUGUUACUGAUGCUGUUGGAUCCAACAUCCGAAUUGAUAGUAGAGGUCCAGAGGUCAUGCGCGUCGUUCCACGGUUAAAUGAGGACAUAAAUGAAGAGUGGAUAUCAGAUAAGACUAGGUUCUUUUAUGAUGGUUUGAAGAGGCAGAGGCUAAAUGAUCCUAUGAUUCGUGGAGCUGAUGGGCUCUUCAAGGCUGUGAGUUGGCGCGAUGCCUUAGCUGUAGUUGCAGAGGUUAUACAUCAAGUUAAACCGGAGGAAAUUGUUGGAGUUGCUGGUAAGCUCUCCGAUGCUGAAUCAAUGAUGGCACUGAAAGACUUCUUAAACAAAAUGGGUUCAAAUAAUGUGUGGUGCGAAGGAAAUGGCCCAACCCCAAAUGCUGAUUUACGAUCCGAAUAUAUCAUGAAUACCAGCAUUAGUGGGCUUGAGAAUGCAGAUGUUUUCCUUUUGGUUGGGACUCAGCCAAGGGUGGAAGCUGCAAUGGUAAAUGCCAGAAUUUGCAAAACUGUUCGUGCAAGCAAUGCAAAGGUUGGUUACAUUGGCCCUCCCACCGAUUUCAACUAUGAUUGUGAACAUCUUGGUACUGGCCCUCAAACUCUUGUUGAAAUUGCUGAGGGUCGCCACCCCUUUUUCUCGACAAUUUUAAAUGCCAAAAGCCCAGCAAUAAUUGUUGGUGCUGGAAUCUUUGAGAGAACAGACAAGGAUGCAAUUUUUUCUACUGUUGAGGCAAUUGCAAAGAAGGGGAACGUCGUGAGACCUGACUGGAAUGGAUUCAAUGUAUUGCUUCUCAAUGCUGCCCAAGCGGCAGCCCUUGACCUUGGACUUGUGCCAGAAUCCGGCAAUAGCCUCGAGUCUGCCAAGUUUGUUUAUUUGAUGGGUUCUGAUGAUGUGAACUUGGACAAGCUGCCGAAGGAUGCCUUUGUGGUUUAUCAGGGGCACCAUGGGGAUCAUGGGGUAUAUCAUGCCAACGUCAUAUUGCCAGCAGCAGCGUUCACUGAAAAGGAAGGAACUUAUGAAAAUACAGAAGGGUGCGCUCAACAGACUUUGCCUGCAGUUCCAACAGUUGGUGAUGCCAGGGAUGACUGGAAGAUAGUUCGGGCUCUCUCUGAAGUUGCAGGGGUCCGCUUGCCCUAUGAUACAAUUGGGGCUGUCCGGUCCCGGAUUAGAAAUGUGGCACCAAACCUCUUGAACUUGGACGAGAGAGAGCCAGCUACAUUUGGGGCUUCAUUGAAGCCGGAGGGCACUCAGAAUGUCAGUUCGACGCCAUUUAAGGCUGCCAUAGAGAAUUUUUACAUGACUGAUCCCGUUACCAAGGCGUCAAAGAUAAUGGCACAGUGCAGCGCAUUGCUGUUAAAGAAAUGAGUGCGGGAUUUUGAUCUUACUAAUAAAAUUAUUAUUGAAUUUUCUUUAAAUCUUCAUCUAGAUCGGAUUUGGCCGAGAGCCAGCUUCCGGAACUUUGGUAGUACAAUCCAAUAAGCUAUUCUCUGUUUUCGUUGUUUCACUGUAACAUUCCCAACAAAUGUAAAAGCCUUUUUCUCCAUGUAAAAUGGGUAAACUUUGGAUUUCCUUGGUA